GUGAAAUACGGUACUACUGUGUUACUGGUAUUUUCUCAAAAAAAUCGUUAGAUGUCACUGUACCGUCACUGGUCGGCUCGAUUGGGUAGGUUGGGCAUUACAAGAGCGGGGUGGAGGGGAAUGGCAGUAAGCCGCGUGCCGCCACUCAAUCGCCGCCAUGUUGUGAAUCAAGACGCGUGUGUUUAUUUGGUGUGCACUUUGUUACCCGGCGAAAAGAAGAUCAUGUCGCUAACACCAGCCGAAAAACAACGUCGGUACCGAAACAAGCGAAAAUUAGACCCUGUUAAAGAUGAGGAAGCAAGAAAAAAGGCUCUAGACAGGUACCACAAAACAAAACGCCUCGUCAAAGACUUAGUUUAGCAUCAUACAAUUUAUGUUUUACAGAGGUGUAAAUGAUACUGGCAAACUUUUUAAAGCGGUCGAAACAGACACUAGUUGUGAACCUUAUGAUAACAUUGUUGAAGUGGUUUCUGCACCGAAAAAGAUUUUUAAAGGGAAACGCGAAUACUACGAAUUCCCUAAUCCUCUGGAAGUGUUUGAACAAUGACUGCAAUUAUUUAUUAAUUUUUAAGUAAUCCAACCUGCAUAAGUGCUGUGAUUUUGGUAAAACGGAUAUAAUAGUAGGAUUAAAUUAUUAUCUUCAACCUUUGUGGUAACUAAGAGACUGAUUAGCUAUUUUUGUAGAGAAGAGAAUUGUCUAU